GGCCGAUCAGGAUAGAGACCAGAUAUCGUCAUGUGGCAGUAUCGGACAAUUGGCCUUUUGGCCUUAAUAUUCGCAACAUGUACCCAAGCACAAAUACCAGCUGGUGGAGUAGGAGGAAUAGGUGGAAUAGUCAGGAAUGUAUAUGUAUACCGUGGAAAUAGCGGUUUCAGCCAUGAAGUUAGCGUAAGUGAGGGACUCGGAGGUGCAAUCCCUCCUUAUGUUGGAAUUGACGGCAGUCAUGAAAAUGAAUUACUGCGUUUGAAGCGUUAUAGUGGAGGUAGCGCUUUCAGUAGCGCUAGCAGUUCGGCCAGCGCAAGCUCGUAUGGUGAUGGUGGCGGUUUCUCCAAAUCCGAUUCUCAAGCUAUCGGUAGUGCUUCGGCAGGUGCACAAGCCUCGGCUUUGACAAAUGGAGGAUACGGAGGCGGUGGACAUGGCGGUGGUGGAUACGGUGGUGGUGGACACAGUGGUAGUGGACACGGCGGUGGUGGCGGUGGUCAUGGUGGCGGACUUGGAGGUAGCAGUGGACACGGCGGUUACGGGGGUGGCGGUGGACAUGGUGGCUUUGGCGGUGGCAGUGGACACGGUGGUAGUCUAGCAGGUGGUAUUGAUGGCAUUGGUAGCGGAGGUGGAUACGGAGGCGGUAGUCAUGGCGGAAUCGGAGGUGGCGGUGGACAUGGUGGAAUUGGCGGUGGUCACGGAGAUGGUGGACUCGGAAUUGGCGGUGGUCACGGAGGUGGUGGACUCGGAAGUGGCGGUGGUCACGGAGGUGGCCAUGGCGGUGGUCACGGAGGUGGUGGAUAUGAAAGCGGCGGUGGAUUAGGAGGUGGACAUGGCAGCAGUGGUGGAUACGGAGGUGGUGGCCAUGGAGGUGGAGGACAUGGAAGCGGCGGCGGCGGAUACGGAGGCAGCGGCGGAUACGGAGGCAGCGGUGGAUACGGAGGUGGCGGCCAUGGAGGUGGGCACAAAGGCGGAUAUGGACUCGGAGGCUAUGGUGGUGAUAGUCACGGUGAUGGAAUUGACAAAGUUAGUGGAGGUGGUUAUGGUGGAGGUGGGUCUAGUGCCGGCAGCUACAGUGGAAGUAGUGCCGGUGCUGGCAGUUAUGGAGGAAGUAGUUCAGGAGGACAUGAUGGUGAUGGCCACGGAGGACAUGGUGGUGGUGGUGGUGGUGGUGGUGCUGGUGGUGGUGGUGGUAGCGGUGGUGGGUAUGGCGGGGCUGGUUCUCAUGGAGGUAGUUACGGAGGUGGUGGAGGUGGCUAUGGCAACGAUGAUUUGGGAGGUGGACAUGGAGGCGGUGGACAUGGAGGAUCUUUAGGUGGACAUGGAGGAGGUUUAAGUGGUGGAUACGGUGGAGGACAUGGAGGUGGAUUGGGUGGUGGACAUGGAGGUGGAUUGGGCGGUGGACAUGGAGGUGGAUGUGUUAGUGGAAGAUGUGGUACUAGUGGUGGUGGAUAUGCUAAUGCCCAAGCUAGUGCGAGCGCAAAUGCCGGUGCUGGAAGUGGCGGAUAUGGAGGUCACGGAGGUCUUGGCGGUCACGGACCGGGAGUGGAUCUAUUCUCCCGUAUUGGUGACACUGAUGACGGUGGUACCAGCAAGAGCGGUACUGUCGAAGGAGCCAAAGGAGUUUACAGCAGCAGCGCGUCUAACAUAGACAAUACUGGUAAAGGUACUUACUCUGUUAAAGCUGGUAAAAUUCCAGCAUAAAUGUCGCGUUUAAUUUUCAUCUUGAUUUCGGAAAUUGUUGCUGUGCUAGAGAUCUUCCUUACGACUCAAGAUGCAUAGCUGUAAUUACAAAUAUCUAUUUUUACAUAAACGUUAUUUUACAUAAUUCAA